GGGCAUGAGGGAGGGGCUUGAGCUGUCUGGGCUGCACGGCGGCGAGGCUGAUGGGGUGGAGCCUCUAACGAGGCCCAAAGAGUCUGGAGUGGUCGCAAUGCAAAGUGCUCGGGGUGGGAAUACGCUCCUGGAGAGUGGUUGGACUUGUUGGACCAAGAAACUGUGGUGUCUUGCAAAGAGUAUAUUGCUGGGCAUUUUACCCUUUUAUCCUGUUUGAAUGUUAUUUUAAUAGCCCACAGGUCCUGCCUCUACAAAGAUAAGACAGAUCUGUGAUGUGAGUAAAAGGAAGCCUGGAGAGCAGGUAUCCAUCAUGGAAGGAGACCUUCUGACCUGAGAAUUCUCCUGGAGGCUGGAGAGGCCUGAGAUAGAGUGGACACUGGAACUGCUGACUCUACAGCUUAUCUUAACCCUUCUGCCCUGAGUGGGCAAGGCCUGAAUGACAUCUCAACCUUCAGAGAUCAGCAGUAGCUGUGUGACAGUGGAGCAUUUAACCCAGAUGAUGGAAAGGAGAGCUUGGCGUUCUCAGGACUCUGGCCUUUUGGAGGAAGAAGAGGAUAUGACCAGGUCUCUUGAAACAGUGACAUUUAAGGAUGUUGCUGUGGACCUCACCCAGGAGGAAUGGCAGCAAAUGAAACCUGCUCAGAGGAACUUGUACCGGGAUGUGAUGCUAGAGAACUACAGCAACCUAGUCACAGUGGGUUAUCAAGUCACCAAACCAGAUGUGAUCUUCAAGUUGGAGCAGGAAGAGGAGCCAUGGGUGGUAGAGGAAGAAAUGCUUGGGAGGCACUGUCCAGAAGUUUGGGAAGUUGAUGAACAGAUCAAGAAGCAACAGGAAACACUUGUGAGGAAAGUCACAUCCAUCUGCAAGAAAACUCUGAUUAAGGAAAAUUUCAUUGAAUGUAAAAGAGUUACAAAAAUAUUUCCUUUGAGCUCAGAUAUUCUUACUUCAAGACAAAACUUCUUUGAAUGUGACUCACUUGAUAAGGGUUUGGAACAUAAUUUAGAUUUACUUAGUUAUGAGAAGAACUGUGUAAGAAAGAAAAACUAUGGAUAUAAUAAGUACGGGAAACCUUUUUACCAUUGCUCAUCCCAUGUUCUAACCUCCUUUAAGUGUAAUCAGUGUGGACAAGACUUCAGUCAUAAAUUUGACCUCAUCAGACAUGAGAGAAUUCAUGCUGGGGAGAAACCCUAUGAAUGUAAGGAAUGUGGAAAAGCCUUCAGCAGGAAGGAAAAUCUUAUUACACAUCAAAAAAUUCAUACUGGGGAAAAACCAUAUAAGUGUAACGAAUGUGGAAAAGCUUUCAUUCAGAUGUCAAACCUUAUUAGACACCAGAGAAUUCAUACAGGGGAGAAACCUUAUGCAUGUAAGGAUUGUUGGAAAGCCUUCAGUCAGAAAUCAAAUCUCAUUGAACAUGAAAGAAUUCAUACUGGAGAAAAACCCUAUGAAUGUAAAGAAUGUGGAAAAUCCUUCAGCCAGAAGCAAAACCUUAUUGAGCAUGAGAAAAUUCAUACUGGGGAGAAACCUUAUGCAUGUAAUGAAUGUGGUAGAGCCUUUUCUCGAAUGUCAUCUGUUACUCUACACAUGAGAAGUCACACAGGGGAGAAACCCUAUAAAUGUAAUAAAUGUGGAAAAGCCUUCUCUCAAUGCUCGGUGUUUAUUAUACAUAUGAGAAGUCAUACAGGUGAGAAACCCUAUGUGUGUAGUGAAUGUGGGAAAGCGUUCUCUCAAAGUUCAUCCCUUACUGUACAUAUGAGAAAUCAUACAGCUGAGAAACCCUAUGAAUGUAAUGAGUGUGGAAAAGCCUUCAGCAGGAAAGAAAAUCUCAUUACACAUCAGAAAAUUCAUACUGGAGAGAAACCGUAUGAAUGUAAUGAAUGUGGGAAAGCUUUUAUUCAGAUGUCAAACCUCAUUAGACACCAGAGAAUUCAUACUGGUGAGAAACCUUAUGCAUGUACAGUAUGUGGGAAAGCCUUUAGUCAGAAAUCAAAUCUCACCGAACAUGAGAAAAUUCAUACUGGAGAAAAACCCUAUCAUUGUAAUCAAUGUGGAAAAGCUUUCAGUCAGAGACAAAAUCUCCUUGAGCAUGAAAAAAUUCAUACUGGAGAGAAACCAUUUAAAUGUAAUGAAUGUGGUAAAGCCUUCUCUCGAAUCUCAUCCCUUACUCUUCAUGUGAGAAGUCAUACAGGGGAGAAACCAUAUGAGUGUAAUAAAUGUGGAAAAGCCUUCUCUCAAUGCUCAUUACUUAUUAUACAUAUGAGAAGUCAUACUGGUGAGAAACCUUUUGAAUGUAAUGAAUGUGGGAAAGCAUUUUCUCAAAGAGCAUCACUUUCUAUACAUAAGAGGGGGCAUACAGGUGAGAAACGCCGAGUGUACUAAAUGCUUUACUUUUGAAACAUACUGACGUAAACUAAAAAAAAAAAAAAAUGAACAAAAUCUUUAUGAAAAAUUGUAAAGCUUCAUUGAAGGGCAUAAGAAUUGAAUAAAUCGAGAGAAAUAUCAUAUAUGCAGAUGGAAAAACCCAAUAUCAUAAAAAUGUGAGUUCUCCCAGAAUUAAUCUAUAGACCUAAUAUAGUUCCAAACAUCUAACACAAAUUUUCUAGGAUCUUUACAAAAUGAUUCUAAAAUUCAUGUGAAGUGGAAGUCCCUGAAUUGCCAAGACAAUUUUGAAAAAAGAGGACACAUCUUCUACCAUAUACUACACAAAAGUUAUGGUCAUUAAAUAGUGUGUGGUAUUACAGCAUGAAUAGGUAAAUAAACAGAUUUUACAGAAUAGAAUGCCUAGAAAUAAAUCAGUGAAUAUAUGUGAAUUUGGUGUAUAUUAGACAUGAUAUCAUGAAUCAGUAGAGAAAUGACAGCCAAUAAAAUUUGUUGGAGUAUUUGGUUCUCCAUAUUAGGGAAAAAAUAACUACAUGCAACCUUACAAUAUAUAAAGAAACAGAAUUCCAAAGGAUUUGAACACUGGAAUGUGAAAAGCCAAACUCAAGUUCUUGGAAGGAAAUACAGGAUGUUGUCUAUGACUUUGAGGGAGGGAAGCAUUUUUUAGAAGACAAAAGGACCCUGCAGUUCCAUUUCUGUAUAUUCAUUCUAAAGAAACUCACAAAUAUCCAUAAGAAAUAUAUAUAUGAAUUAAAAACGUGGUGAAUAUUGAUGGGGAAUGGAUAAAUAAAGUGUGAUAUAAUCAAAUAAUGGAAUAGUAUACAGCACUUAACAGACUAAAUCUGUAUUUUAUAACAUGGAUAGUUAUGUAAAACAGUGUAGAGUGAAAAAAAGAUCAAGAUCCCCAAAUAAAACAUUGUAUAAUGACAUUCGUGUAAAUUGGAAUUAAAUCAUAAAGAACAGUA